AUGAGUUGUUUCGGUUGUUGUGAGGAGGAUGACAUGCACAAAGCUGCCGGUAAUGGGCCGUACACUACAACUAAUGCUGCAGAAAAAAAAAAUUCUUGUGUAGGCAAUCAUGCAGGCUAUCACGCAAAAGAAACAGAACAUAAGGAGAAACAGACUAUCAGCAUGCAGCCGAUUGCUGUGCCUGCCGUUCCAGUAGACGAGUUGAAGGACAUUACUGAUAAUUUUGGGUCAAAUUCGUUAAUUGGCGAGGGGUCUUAUGGAAGGGUUUACCAUGGAGUAUUGAAAAGUGGGAUUGCUGCAGCAGUUAAAAAGCUCGACUCCAGCAAACAGCCAGACCAAGAAUUUCUAGCACAGGUCUCAAUGGUAUCAAGGCUAAAGCAUGAGAAUGUGGUUGGGCUGCUUGGUUACUGUGUCGAUGGUGGGCUUCGGGUCCUUGCAUACGAGUAUGCUCCUAAUGGGUCUCUACAUGACAUCCUUCAUGGACGCAAAGGAGUCAAAGGUGCACAACCGGGUCCCGUCUUGUCAUGGUCUCAGAGAGUUAAAAUUGCUGUUGGGGCUGCUAGAGGACUCGAAUACUUGCACGAGAAGGCACAGCCACAUAUCAUUCACCGUGACAUCAAAUCGAGCAAUGUUUUACUCUUUGAUGAUGAUGUUGCUAAGAUUGCAGAUUUUGAUUUGUCCAAUCAAGCUCCUGACAUGGCGGCUCGUCUUCAUUCCACUCGUGUUCUCGGAACUUUUGGUUAUCAUGCCCCUGAAUAUGCAAUGACCGGCCAGCUAAGCUCAAAGAGUGAUGUGUAUAGCUUUGGAGUCGUACUUCUUGAACUCUUGACCGGCCGUAAGCCAGUUGACCAUACACUUCCUAGGGGACAACAGAGUCUUGUGACAUGGGCCACGCCAAAGCUAAGCGAAGACAAGGUUAAGCAGUGUGUCGAUGCUAGGCUCGAUGGAGAAUACCCUCCCAAGGCAGUUGCUAAGGUGAAAACCCAAAUGGCUGCAGUUGCUGCUUUGUGUGUGCAAUACGAAGCCGAAUUUCGACCAAACAUGAGCAUUGUAGUAAAAGCUCUACAGCCUCUGUUGAAUACUCGAUCGGGACCUCCUACCGAAACACACAACUUGUGA